AUGCGUAGCGACAGUAAGUUAACUGUGUAUUUACUGUCUGUUCCCCAGACCAUCGUUCGAGGGAACCGGCCCCCGAAGGACACGUCCAUCAAUGGUCUCCUGGAGGAGUUCGACAGCAUCUCUGUGACACGUUCCAACUCCCUGCGUAAAGAGAGCCUUACGGGCCCCCACCAGGCCGGGUCCGGGGCCCCCAAACCCCCCUCCCACCACCCUCCACACCCCCACCCCAACGCCCCUGAGGAGAACGGCUUCAGCCACUAUUAUUCCCGCUACUCCUGUGACCUGGACACCUCCAGCAGGGACUUCUCACUGGAGCCCUACGGGAAGGACGGUAAAGGCUUCGCUCUAGAUGGGGACUGGGCCGUGGGGAGACACUACCGCUUCCCCAAACAGAAUGGCCACCUCACCCACGCCACCCGCGUUCCCUUCUACCCCGAUGCCAUGCCUCAGAAGACCGAUUACGCCAAGCUGCCUCCGGACUACCACACGUACUUGGAGAGCAAGGUGGCGGGGGCGCGCUUGGCCGACGAGGUGGGCUCUGGGUCCGGGGUGGGCAGCGGAGGGGGGUCUGCCGGGUCCACUACAGGGGGGUACUACCGGGCGUCCGUAGGCGGCUCGUCCAGUCAGGAAUACCGGGACGCGUCAAUGGUGGGGACGCCGUCUCGCACCUCGCUGCACAGCGAGCAAAUCAACUACCCAGACAGCGAGUGGAGCCACAGCGGCGUUUCCAGAGGUGAGUACGAGAAGAGGCCCAAGUCGUCGUACGUGAUGCAGACCAGCCCCACGCCGGCCGUCAGACAGCGCUCCAGGUCGGGGUCCGGCCUCCAGGAGCCCAACGUGCCCUACGGGGCCAGCGGGGCCUUUAAGAGUCCCCCUCAGGCACACCCCUACAGCUCCUACACCUACCCACGCCUUUCAGAGACUCUCAACAACUCACAGGCCAUGGCCAAGGUACGUCUGGGCUGGUGUGUUGAUUUACUCUGUAAUCUGUGUCGGAAAAUGUUAUUGCCAAGGAAAGACACGUCUUGUAUGUUAGCAGUGUGUUAUUUUCUACUAUUAUCAAAAUACUUUUCCAAAUAGUCUAGUUUUGGUAAUAAUUUGGAUCAGGUGAUAUAAGAACUAGGCUGCAUUUCUCUAUGAAGUACCUACUAAACUGUAAGGUGCAAAUGUUGAAUGUGCAUACACUGAGCUAUCGUAGCCAACCAGGGAACACCUUUUUCCACAACACAGAUUAUUAUCCUCCCAUGUAUCCCACCCCUUCCGGGUUUAAAGAGAGGAUGCAGUGUUAUCUCCCCAGUUGCAUCUCUCCUUUCUCCUCUUCCCCUUGCUCCUCUCUUCUUCCCAGUCUACGUUCCUCCCCUCCUCUCCCCUCCCCUCCUCUCCCCCUCUAUAUUUCUCCCUUUCCUCUCCUCGCCCCCUCCUGUUCUCUUCUACCCCUCUCCUCUCCUUUCCUUCCUCUCCAUUUCUCCUCCCUCUCUCCUCUCCUCCUCACCUCUGUGUGAUGGAUCUAGUGUCAGUAGUUAAUCUACUGUUCCCCAGCGGAGGAAGGCUCUGCCACAGACACAGAAUUGCAAGCCGCGCUAGAAUCAAUUAACGCUACAACACUGGCCAUCAAGCCGAUAACACAGUUCAAAAGGGGGUGGGAGAGGGAAGGGGAAAUAUUUGGAGGAGAGGGGGAGGAGGAAGAAGAUAUACUGGCCAUCAGUCUAAUACCACAGUUCAGCUGAGAGAGAGGGUAGGGGGAGGACAGAGGAAGCAAGGGAGUGAGGGGGACUGAGAGAGAAGGACAUGAAGGAGACAGAGUGAAAGAGAGGGGUCAGGGGAGAGGGGAGAGAGAGAAGUCUUCUAUUGAGCGAAAUACUAUGUUGUGCCAUCACUUCUUACUCUUUGACCUAUGACUACAGAUAUACUGCAGCCACAUUCCUAUAGAUUAGAGAAGAGCUGCGUGGAGUGGAAUUAGAAUCAGGAGCGUCUCUUUCAAAGUAACUGGAAAACAAAAGGUUUCAUUGAUUUCUUUUGUGUUCUAGAAGAAAAUACAAACUUCUGAGGACAUCUAGAGAGCAUAUGUGUAUAUGUGAAGCGUGCGUGUCACGCUCUGGCUCCGGGACUCUGUAUGUUGAGCCAGGGUGUGUUCAUUCAUUGGGUGUAUUUCUAUGUUGGUAUUUCUGUUGGGUUCAUUUCUAUGUUUGAAUGAAUGACUCCCAAUCAGAGGCAACGAGUGUCAGCUGUGUGCUGGUUGUCUCUGAUUGGGAGCCAUAUUUAACUGUCUGUGUUUCACUUUGUGUUGGUGGGUUUUUGUUCCUUUACGGUCAUUGUUACUGUGGACUUCACGAAUCGUCUAUUGUUUUGGUUUUUGCACUUUAAUAUAAUAAAGUCAAUCAUGUUCGCUCAACACGCUGCGUAUUGGUCUACUCCUUUUGAAGACGAUCGUGACAGAAAAACCCACCAUACAACGACCAAGCAGCGUGUCCAGGAACACACGCAGGAGGUGACUCUGGUGGAUGGCCUCCUCGGUUGGGGGCAGAUUACCGAGGAGGAGGCCGUCCGGUACCGGAGGGCUAUGAAGGGGAAAGACCCAGGCAGGAGAGGAGCAGCGGCGUCAGCAGUGCCAUCGUCGGAUGGACGAGAGGCACCCCCAAUAAUUUUUUAGGGGGGGGAACACGGCAUGGGCGACUGGGCAGCAGGAGGCUGCCACAGGGCGAAAUAGGAGAUGAAGGGAGAAGGCCACCGGGUUUUGGGGGCCAGAAGGCAGGUUGGCGGAGCCUGGAUGGAGAGCAGAGCCAACUCCCCGUACUCAGGCAUGGCAGCAUGAGACUGGGCAGGUUCCGCGGUAUGCGGAGCUGCGCACUGUGCCACGAGUGGUCCGGCAUAGUCCGGUACGUCCUGUGCGAGCACCCCGCACGUGUUGUGCGAAGGUGGGCAUGCAGCCAGGAUGGAGUGUGCCGGCUCAGCGCUCGGGGCCUCCAGUGCCUCUCCUCGGUCCCGGAUAUCCUGCGCCAGUAUCACGUGCUGUUAUGCCAGUACGGGUACACAGCCCUGUACGUCCUGUGCUGAUGCCUCACACAGAGUGUGUGAAGGUAGGCAUUCAGCCAGGACGGGUUGUGGCAGCUCUUCACUCCAGGUCUCCUAUCCGUCUCCAUAGCCCAGUCCGGCCUGUCCCUGCUCCACGCACCAAGCCUACGGUGUGCGUCGCCAGCCCAGCCCGGCCUGUCCCUGCUCCACGCACCAAGUCUACGGUGUGCGUCGACAGCCCUGCCCGGCCUGUUCCUGCUCCACGCACCAAACCUACGGUGUGCGUCGACAGCCCUGCCCGGCCUGUUCCUGCUCCACGCACCAAGUCUACGGUGUGCGUCGACAGCCCUGCCCGGCCUGUUCCUGCUCCACGCACCAAACCUACGUGUGCGUCGACAGCCCUGCCCGGCCUGUUCCUGUUCCACGCACCAAGUCUACGGUGUGCGUCGACAGCCCUGCCCGGCCUGUUCCUGCUCCACGCACCAAGCCUACGGUGUGCGUCGACAGCCCAGCCCGGCCUGUCCCUGCUCCACGCACCAAGCCUACGGGGUGCGUCGCCAGCCCUGUCCGGCCUGUUCCUGCUCCACGCACCAAGCCUACGGUAUGCGUCGUCAGCCCAGCCCGGCCUGUCCCUGCUCCACGCACCAAGCCUACGGUGUGCGUCGACAGCCCUGCCUGGCCUGUCCCUGCUCCACGCACCAAGCCUACGGUGUGCGUCGACAGCCCUGCCCGGCCUGUUCCUGCUCCACGCACCAAGCCUACGGUGUGCGUCGCCAGCCCUGUCCGGCCUGUCCCUGCUCCACGCACCAAGCCAGGGGUGCGAGUCGUCAGCCUGGUCCAGCCCGUUCCUGCCACUCGCACCAAGCCAGGGGUGCGAGUCGUCAGCCUGGUUCAGCCCGUUCCUGCUACUCGCACCAAGCCCGGGGUGCGAGUCGUCAGCCUGGUAAGACCGGUCAGCUGCUCCACAACGGAGCGUAAGCAAUCCGCUCCGUCAAUGUCCAGUCCAGAUCCAGCCAGCGGGGUCAGACCGGACCAGGGGCGCUAUGGGGGGUUGUUUGGAGGGUGGUGGGCAAGGCCGGGGCCAGAACCGCCGCCGAGGAGGUAUGCCCGCCCAGCCCUCCCUUGUUUAGCCCUUAUUGAGGCGCGGUCGCAGUCCGCACCUUUAGGGGGGGGUACUGUCACGCUCUGGCUCCGGGACUCUGUAUGUUGAGCCAGGGUGUGUUCAUUCAUUGGGUGUAUUUCUAUGUUGGUAUUUCUGUUGGGUUCAUUUCUAUGUUUGAAUGAAUGACUCCCAAUCAGAGGCAACGAGUGUCAGCUGUGUGCUGGUUGUCUCUGAUUGGGAGCCAUAUUUAACUGUCUGUGUUUCACUUUGUGUUGGUGGGUUUUUGUUCCUUUACGGUCAUUGUUACUGUGGACUUCACGAAUCGUCUAUUGUUUUGGUUUUUGCACUUUAAUAUAAUAAAGUAAAUCAUGUUCGCUCAACACGCUGCGUAUUGGUCUACUCCUUUUGAAGACGAUCGUGACAGUGCGAGGCCCAAGCAAAUAAAUACCACUCUGCAAUUGCAGUCCCAUAUAUCAGCUUCAGUUAUGCGCCAGUGGAGCGGCACAUGGAGAUCUGGAAAGGUGACUUGCAGGCCUAGACCCCAUGGAGAUGCCAUAGUAAUCAACAUUCUACUGCAGUGUUCUUCACUCCUGCUAGUCCUGGACCUAGAGAGCUGCAGUAGCGUAUGUAUGCAGGGUUUUGAUCAAACCAGGACUAACACCACUCUUUCAGCAAAAAAAAAAAGGCUUGAUGAUUUGUUAAAUCAGGUGUGUUAGUGCUGGGCUAAAACAAAAGUGUGCACACGAUCACUCUCCAGGAGCAGGGUUGAAGAACACUGUUAGAGUUGUGCAUGUGCAGUUCAUGUAUCAUUUGUUGCCUCUGCUUGACAAACGCCUGUGUGAUAAUCUGAAGGUGAAUAGCGCGCUGACAUCCCAGCGCUGAAACAAUGACCUUUCAUUGAACUGUGCAGAGCAGAAUGAUCAGUCAGAUGUAUCGUCCCUAUCUCCCUGUCACGACUCUCCCCCUCCUCAUUCUGUGUAGGAGUUCCUAUAUGCUGCGCCUACUACACUAGCCUAUUAUGCACAAACAUGAUAGCUAUUUAUCUAUCUAUUACCUUUGUCGAACCAUGUACGAUAUUCAGAACACAAAUUACAACAAACCGAGGGUAACACUGAGUGUACAAAACAUUAGGAACACCUUCCUAUUGAGUUGCACCCACUUUUGCCCUCAGAACAGCCUAAAUUCGUCGGGUCAUGGACUCUACAAAGUGUCGAAAGCGUUCCACAGGGAUGCUGGGCCAUGUUGACUCCAAUGCUUCCCACAGUUGGGUCAAGUUGGCUGGGUGUCCUUUGGGUGAUGGACCAUUCUUGAUACACACGGGAAACUGUUGAGCGUGAAAAACUCAGCAGCGUUGCGGUUCUUGGCAUAAAUCGGUGCGCCUGGCACCUACUACCACACAACAUUCAAAGGCACUUAAAUAUUUUGUCUUGCCCAUUCACCCUCUGAAUGGCACACAUACACAAUCCAUGUCUCAAUUAUCUUAAGGCUUGAAAAUCUUUCUUUAACCUGUCUCUUCCCCUUCAUCUACACUGAUUGAAGUGGCUUUAACAGUGACAUCAAUAAGGGAUCAUAGUUUUCACCUGGAUUCACCUGGUCAGCCUGUGCCAUGGAAGUAGCAGUUCCUAAUGUUAAGGGUGGCCUUAUGAAAACCACUUAACCUCCAAUGCCUCAGUAAACAUACACUCUGGGAAAAUAAAUGCACACGGAGGUAGAAACAGAAAUAGUGUUUUUGUGGUGAGAGUUUUUUUUUGUUACAAUGAACUUGCUUGUGAUUGAGCAAGAUAGGAAACUACUGUACCUGACUAUACUUUAUACACGUUAAGAAAGGCCUAUAAUGCCUAUAAUUGAAACAGAAUUCACUACAUGACACGCUGUUUAGUUCCAUCUGAAGAAGAUGUAGGAGAUCUUAGAGAGGUAUUGGAAAAAACAGUCACAAAAUAUGUGUCGUGACGCGUGUAGGAGAUUACUAACAUCGGUAUAAUAACAGUUAAAAAAACUAAAGCGUGUUGUAAGUGAUCUGGCAGCUUAUGAAGCACCAUUCUUCCUGCCUCAUGGACCUUGUAAUAAACCCACCUCUCCUCUCUCUCUCUCUCCUCUCUCUCCUCUCUCUCCCUCUCCUCUCUCUCUCCCCCCCUCUCUCUUCUCUCCUCUUUCUCCCUCUCCUCUCUCUCUCUGUCCUAUAUCUUCCUCUCUUCUCUCUCCCUCUCUCUCUAUUCUCUAUCUUAUGGUCUCUCUCGCUCUAUCUGUCUCUCUGUUAUUCUCUCUCUCUCUCUCUCUCUCUCUCUCUCUCUCUCUCUCUCUCUCUCUCUCUCUCUCUUUCCUCUCUCUCUCAUCUCUCCUCUCCUCUCUCUCUCUUUCUCUUUCAAUUCAGUCAUUGAACAAAAUCCCCCUUUUUGUUGUGAGCCGGCGGGGGUAUAACAGUAGACAGCACGGGGACUUAGCCACACACACAGACACACACACACACACACACACACACACACACAGCUUCUCCUCCACUGCCGCAGCAGCAGCUCUCGGUGACAAAUUGGUGUUGCUGCACUUUCUCCUUUCUGCAGCCUUCGCAUAAAAACGGCCCAACGAUGUUCCAGCGCGGAAUUCAAUUUCACAGUUCAGUUGGGUUGUUGAUUACCCUGCCAAAUUCAGAUUAAUGCACGUUUAACCAACAUGGAUCAGGAGACCCUUGGCUGACAACCAGCCGCCGGUGCCCACCAAUGAUAGGGGGUCUGGAGAGUAGCCCCGUCCCUCCUGAGGGCCGCGAGGAGCACCGCCGCCUCACAGUGAUUGAUUAAACGAGUCCACGCCACAUAAUUAUACCACCAUCCCCACACAUCGACCCAACCUUCCUCUUACUCGUGUGUGCGUGUUUGUGUGUGAGAGAGAGAGAGAUUUUAAUGUUGAGGUUUCCCCCUUCCUCCUCCUACCCUGCCUCUUUCUUGUCGUCAAGUUUUUAUUAGGAGACUAUUCAUGUCCGGUUAGAGUGUGUGUUCGGAGUGUGUUCUUAGGGGAGUGUGUGUUUGAGGGGUGUUUGUGUGUCCUUUCAGAGUGUAUGUUUGGGGGGAGUGUGUGUUCGGGGAGGUAAUUUCAUUAACUCUGGGAGUCAGAGCAUCAUCUCCUCAGUACUGGAGGCAGCUCGUCUUCACCAGAUUGAUUAUUAGUCUAGAUAUUAUAUAUCACAGCCUCAGCCCUGUAUUAUGCAGUAUGACCAGGGGCAGUUCACAGCUAUAAUUCAGUGUACUUUUAAAAAUCCAUUUAGGCAAAGACAGUAUUUGGAGUUCUUCUCUGAUAACGUACCUAAUAAAAUAACAUCAUUAUUAUUAAAUGAGGCUUCAAAAUAAGUCUAAAGAUAAAUAUGUUUUAAAAAAUACAAAAUAAAAUAAAAGGGUAUUUGUGCAACAUAAUAUUAAGAGUCAACCUAUAUUAUAAUCAGAAUCAUACAAUGUUACCUUCCGAAAUCCUUUUUUUAAUUCAAGUCAUAUAUGUUUGGCUCUGCUGUAUUCUUAGUUAAUAACACUGUAAAUACCCUGUAUAACCAGUUCACAGCACCUUAAUCACAUUUAUACAGGGUCACUGGUGAGUUGUGAUGCCAUAAAACACCUCUAGAUGUACUACCUGGUAGAGUAGUAAGGGCUGGACCAAGGAGAAGGGGACUCGGUGACUGACACACACACAUACACACACACACACCAUACUCUUGCUUUCUGUUUGGGAUUCCUCUCAUGCAGAAGGCAUAAUGCAAGGUCCCACUCACAAUGCAUAAAGUUUAGUGUCAGGGAGAGAAGUGUCCCUUUGUCACCUCUCUCUGAGCUAGACUUAUGACUCAUCGCCACCCACCUAGGACAUGGAGAAACAGCUUUAAACCACCCCAGCACAGAGAGAGAGAGCGAGAGAGAGAGAGAGAGAGGGAGAGGGAGAGGGAGAGACAGGGAUACACGUUUUCCUCUACUGUGAGAAAUACUCCCAAAUAAGAUAAUAAUUUUUGUAUUUUUUUUAUAUAUAUAUCUAAAUCAAUUCCCAACUUCUGUGCAUUUACUAAUGACAUAAAGCUGGAAUUAUUCUGGGUGAGGGAGAAACCGCAAAUAUUACUGCCAGAUAUGUAUAUGAUUGCCAUAGCCUGAGGGACAUCCCAUGACCAUUAAUUCCCUGAAGUACAGUAUUUACAUUGUAUAUAACUUACAAGUAAUGCAUAGUGUAACCAUCGUCCAUGUACAUGUUGUUGUUUUUUAUUUAUUAGCCAUUCUUUAUUUGUAUAAUCUUAUUUGUAUUUAAUUAAAUGUAUCGACCGAAGAUUACGCAAUACAACAGCAGUAUGGCACGAUUAUAUGUACUAUUAUUAUUAUUAUUCCUACUGAAAUUAACUGUAUUUCAUUAUCCCCAUUGCAUUGUACUGUAUUUACUGAAAUGAUGUACCACUAUACUGCUUUGGUAAUAUCUACAAAUUGUAUUUCAUGCCACUAAAGCAAUCUGAAUUUGAAUUUGAGAGAGAGGGAAAGAGAGGGAAAGAGAGAGCGAGAGAGAGAGAGAGAGAGAGAGAGAGAGAGAGAGAGAGAGAGAGAGAGAGAGAGAGAGAGAGAGAGAGAGAGAGAGAGAGAGAGAGAGAGAGAGAGAGAAUAGAGCAAGGAUGGACAAUCAGGUUUUGCUGCAGCUGAUUCUUCUACUCAAAGUCUUGAUUGUUACUGCGUGGUUGGAGCAAAACCCUGCAACCACACUUGGUAACACAGCCCACCCUCCAAUAUAGUCUACUGUAGGAAUAUAAUCUAACAGGUACUGUAAACGAGACUAAGGAGAGAAACGAUGUGGAGCAUUGCCCCAGAUAUGGAGGUUCCCUGGUCUAACAGCAGUUGUAUGAUGGAUGGGGUAUUGGAGGAACAGUGUUUGGGUCUGUGUGGGAGGGAUAUUAAUGAUAAAGUAUAGCCCCUGUCCCUUCGACUAAACACCUUCUGUUACACCUGUCCAGGGUUAAUGUACCUACUCAGGUCACAGGGACAGGAGCUGAUAUUUCACAAUUAAUACAGAAACUGAUGAGGGAGAGAAAUAUCUCUGAUAGUUUUAUAUUCAUAAUGCAAGUAAGGAGACUCUCUGUUGUUUGGUGAGGUUUUCUUUCCUAUGUGUUUGUAUGGCGACCAAGCUUAAACAGGGUUUGCACUUAUACAAAUCACACUUUUGGCUAUCAUCUUAUAAGCGUAUUAUUUUAAUAUUAGUUAAUCUAGCUUAAAUAGCUUAUGUUUUCAGGGUAUUAGCUAUCUUUCUAACACUGUCUCUGUCUGUCUUCCAUCUCUUGCAGGGUGAUUACGACCAGUCAUCUCGAGACGGGAGUCCCCAGGUCCCAGGGUCUGACACAUACCCCCGCGGGCCCCUCAAACUACCUCAAAGCCACAGUAAGCCCUCUGGCUACCCCCCUGGACUCCAGUACCCCCCUGUGUUCCACCACUACAAACCCUCCCCCUACCAUCACCCACCAUCACAGCCCAGCCCGCCAUACACUCCACAGGUGGGUCUACCGUGUGUAUUUGUGCGUACAUGCGUGUGUGCGUGUGUGCAAGCGUGCGUGCGUGUUUACAUGACUGCAUGCGUAUGUGCAUGCGUAUCUUUUUUUAAGAUCUAAAGAGAUCAUGAUCUACAAUUACAUAUGACUCUCAGAGAUGCAGGUGUGUCACUGCAAAGAUCAUCACCGACAGUGCAGUAGAGGUAUUAACCGGUUCUCUCCUCCCUCCUCCAGGGGGCAUACUCCCAGCCAUCGUCCCCCUACAUCCCACCGGGGGCCUACCCCCCUCCUUCCUGGGGAUCCAGUUCAGACACCCAGCCCUCCAGGGUCUCCCACGAACAGUUCAGGGCUGCCCUGCAGCUCGUCGUCAACCCAGGUAAAUACAGAGAAGUCCUAAGAAAGAAAUACAAGUACAUCCCAAAUCACAGGAGUUAAAAUAUACAGGUAGAAAAGUUAUUCUGCUAGUUUGUAGAUAAUGAACAGAAGCUUCGUAGAUAAAGUAUCUUGCUGGGAGCAGCAAACAUUGAUCAGCCUCUGUCUGUGUCUGACCCCAGGUGACCCCAGAGAGUACCUGGAGAGUUUCAUAAAGAUUGGCGAGGGCUCGACGGGCAUCGUGUGCAUCGCCAGCGAGAAACAUAGUGGCAAGCAGGUAGCCGUCAAGAAAAUGGACUUGAGGAAACAGCAGAGGAGAGAACUGCUCUUCAACGAGGUGAGAGGUCAGGUGUUAGGGGUCAAGGGUUGUUUGUCCCAAUGGAGACCAAGCGAUUUUGGUACUGUAUUAUUUUUCUUUAACAGCCUCAAAGUUUCAGGUAAGGAAGUGUAGGCCUCUAAUUUCAACAGUCAACAAUUUCAUACAGAGUGAAAUUAUAAAGCACGUUUUUAGUCUCUGAGAUUAGGCUACCUCACAUACGAGUAUUUUCUGUACUUCAGAUGUUUUGAUCAGAGCAGUAUGUUAGUGAAUCUGAUUUAGAUGUUGCCAAGGCAACAAGCUAAUGUUAUUUUGGUUCUGGAAAGAGGUGAGCCAAGUUUUUUAUCUCUACCCUACUGUACCAUUCCUGCCUUCUAUGUAGCAAGACCAUAGAGCUGUUACUCAGUAGUCAGCCACAGUAUUUCUGUCAUGAAGAGAUUUCUGUUUGAAUGAAGUGGGUGGCAUGACUUACAAUAUAUUAACAAGAGACAUCAAGUAUCUUGUCCUUACAUAUUUUCGCACCCACAUCGAUGAUUAAUAAUAAUAAUAAUAGUGUGUGUGUGUCUGUGUGUGUGUGUGUGUCUAUGUGUGUGUGCGUGCUCGUGUGGGCGUGCUAUUUUGAAGCUUCAUGUUAUCCUAUUUAGGCCCCAAUCUAAUCCCUUUUCAUUAAGCUUCCAUAGCAACAUCCAAAUUAGAAAAGAAGAUUGCUAAUACAUUUAUUUAUUUAAUUUGUGAUAUAGGCUACUUGCUAUUUUUCUCUUUAAUGAAUUCCAUCAUACAAUGUAGACAUUGACAUUUAGAUUCGACCUAAAUCUGAGGUUAGGACUAGAAUGUAAAAAAAUAUGGUUACAAGUACCCCAAAAUAAUAAUAAUGUACUAUCCUCAUUCAUUGAAAUUGAAUCUCAAAUCCACGUUUUUGGAAUAGCCUAUUGCAAAAAUAACAACUGAUCUGUGUUCAAUACUUGGAGGGCACUGUAGCCUACAUCAGGAGGAGAAGUUUGCUUUCAAGCUUCAUCAGUAGCCAGUUACCAAUUCAUCAAUAGACGGGAAUAUAUCUAGGUAAAGCUGAACAUGAAGCAGGCUAGGCAAACUGUGGUUGAGUUAGCUAGCUAGUUUAGCAUCGUUAGUUUUCUUCUAGGACAUUAGGCAGGCAAUCAACACCAUUGUGAAACGAGCAAGUUUGAGCUAGCUUAUCAGAGCUGGUCCUAGGUCAAAUGGUUUGCGAAACAAUUCGAACUCGAAUUCCUGUCUUCUUGAGGAUGACAUCUUCACUGGACACUUAUAAUCCUCCAAACUGUUUUAGUAUUUCAAUGUUGUAUGUUUCACUGUUCUACCCGGGCCCAGUUUCAUUGCAUGAUUCAUAAUCAUAUCCACUCAGUAAAGACAUUUGCCAAUCACACCUUAUUCUGCAGGGUUGGUGGCAGACAUUUUGAAUUGAUUGGCCACACCUGUUCUUGAUUGUUUGGUACUCAGGUAGGUACUGUAUAGGCUGUGUAGAGCAGACUGGUGUGUGGGAAUGCCACAAGUAAGGUAGCCAUGCUGUCCGUUUCGUAGAAAGGUUUUUUAUUGCAUUUUAAAACGUUUUUAGCAUUGUCUACUUUUAGCAUCCCCGUUUAACCUCUGUUCUUAAAUACAUAUCAUACAUUUUUGGAAAUAACCAGUCCUUUUGGUUUUAAUGCUCUGAUGCACAGUACGGUCAGCUUUGUCACACUACUGGUAUAUUGUCUAUCUGUGAUGUAACCUGUGUUUGUUGUUUUGUUUGUUUCUAGGUGGUGAUCAUGAGGGACUAUCACCAUGAGAACGUGGUUGACAUGUACAACAGCUACCUUGUUGGAGACGAGCUCUGGGUCGUUAUGGAGUUCCUGGAGGGCGGGGCCCUGACAGACAUUGUCACUCACACGAGGUAACCAAUCAUCUGCCACUAGUCCGUUCACCUCUCUCCUAAUGGCUACCUAAGCAUUAGCUUGUGGCGCUAACAUGAGUCUUCAAUUCACUGUGUCUGAACAAAGAGUAUUUGGAUCGUUGUCUCACUAAUUAAUUUCAGGAAGUGAAUAAGCUAAGCAGAUGCGCAACAAACUUCCUCAAUAACCCCCAUCGGAUCUGGUUUCAGGAGUUCUCAAACUUAUAUCUCUUUCUUUCCUUGUUGUUUCGGUGUCUUCUCCUAAACCUCUCAACGCCUCGUAGUUUAGAUUAACAUCCAUUGUGUCCUUAGUCUUUUAAUUACAGUCAUUUGCCUGGCGUGUGUCAGUGUUGUGUGCUGCCGUCUCGGGUGCUAAUAACACGGUUGCGUGAGGACGCAGUGGCGUCCCUGUCAGCGUGAAGUCGUGAGAUGGAGAGAAGAGUCUUCAUUAGUUGUGUGAGGAGAUGUGAAUCCCUCUUUCACCUCCCUGUCUCAUCCUUCUCUCCGACACAGCUGUUUUGAUAAUUUUUGUUGGGUGUGUCCCAUUUACUAAGGAAUUGUGUCGAUAAUAGGAAGAUGUGGGCAAUUGGAAUAUAUUCAAUCUACUUACUAACACAAACAAAUCCUGAUAUAUUUUUUAACCAGAGGGGGAUUAGAAAUUAGAUAUUGUAGUUCAUGUGUAGGAACAACCAUAUCUCUUACAGUUUAUUGCACUUAGUUCAAAGAGGCACGUGUAUUUGUGUCAUUAACACAAUUAAUAGCCAUCAAAGGACUAUCAGCAACACGUUUCAGUCAUAGAAUUCACAUCUGUUAGGUCAGGUGAAUUAUACAAAUCUAUUUCAGUCUACUCUUUUGUUGCGUAAAUGACUGCUCACUGUGUAGAGCUGAAUAGGAGAACACGCACACAAACAGUCCCACUGCAGGUGAGUACUCCCCUCACCUCUAUAUCUGCUCUAUCCAUAAUUAUCCGCGAUUGAGAGGACUAUAAGAGGGCAUAACCAGACAGAGUUAAGAGAUGGACUGAGAGUGUAAGAUAUACACUUGUGAAGACUAGAGACUAGGAGAGAGCUAGAUUCUAUCUAUAGAUCUCUCUCUCUCUCUCUCUCUCUCUCUCUCUCUCUCUCUCUCUCUCUUCUCUCUCUCUCUCUCUCUCCCCCCCCCCCCACUUCUUUCCCUGGGUGUCUGCCAACACACACAGUGUUACAAUGCCAGAAUGGCCUGUCUCUGUGUCGUGUUCAUGUUCCUCAGCCAUUUCAAUUAGCAACAAAGUUCAAUUAACCUCACGAGGAUGUGUCGUGGAUGUACUGUACUUUACACAGAAUCAGCUGAUGGCGCUACAGUGUGUGUGUGUGUGUGUGUGUGUGUGGGUGUGUGUGUGUGUGAUGCCCUUGGCAACUUUGACAGCCUCAUUAAACAAUACACUUUCUUUUUCAUUCCCUGUUUAAAAUAAUGUACUAUCUCGGCAAUCAUUUGUGCAGGUGUCUUUGUUUGUGGACGUGUUUUUGUGUAUGUAUGUGUGUGGGUAUAUGUGUGUGAAGCAUUGAAUCUCCUUUGUCUACACAUCAACCUCCCAUUUUCUAGAUUGUUUUGCAAUUCUCAAUACAAACAUGUGUUACCAAAAUACCUGGUACAUUCUACGAUGGGAGGGGUGUCUAUGUGUGUGUGUGUUGCGAGUUGUUCCUUGCUAAGACAAUGGAUUCCUAUGGAGUGAGACGGUACAGGGAGGAGAGUGCUGCAGGGGCUGCAGAUGAGAGCUGUGUGUGUGAAUUAUUAUUUUAAUUUUUUUAAUGAUUUGUCACGAGCCAAAUACAAUGGGUGUAGACUUUACCGUGGCUUACGAGCCCUUCCCAACGAUGCAGAGUUUUAAAGAAAUUAUACGAAUAAAAAUAGUAACACAAGAGGAAUAAAAUACACAAGAAUGAAGCUAUAUACAGGGAGUACCAGUACCAGAUCAAUGUGGACCUAUAUACAGGGAGUACCAGUACCAGAUCAAUGUGGAGCUAUAUACAGGAAGUACCAGUACCAGAUCAAUGUGGUGCUAUAUACAGGGAGUACCAGUACCAGAUCAAUGUGGAGCUAUAUACAGGGAGUACCAGUACCAGAUCAAUGUGGAGCUAUAUACAGGGAGUACCAGUACCAGAUCAAUGUGGAGCUAUAUACAGGGAGUACCAGUACCAGAUCAAUGUGCAGGGGUACGAGGUAUUUGAGGUAGAUAUGUACAUGAAGGCAGGGUAAAGUGACGGCAUCAGGAUAGAUAAUAAUUCAAGUAAAAUAAAAAACAGAGUAGGAGCAGCAUAUGAUGAGUGUAAAAGUGUGUGUGUAUUAGUGUGUGUGUAUGUGUGUAUGUGUGUAUGUGUGUUUGUGUUGUGUUGGUAUGAGUGUGUCUGUGUUUUGUGUGAGAAUGUCAGUGUGUAUGUGUGUGUGUAUGUGUGUGUGUGUGUGUCGUCUGUGUCUGUGUCUGUGUGUGCGUGCGUGCAUAUGUGUGUGUGAUGAUGGGGGAGGUUCUCGCCAGCUGGGGCCUCAUGUUAAUGUUCAGUGGAGUUAUGUGGAAUCAGCCAGACGUACUGUUUACCCCCAUCCUAUAUGGGACCACACACACGACUGUUAAGCUUAGUGCACAUUACAUGGUUACCAUGAAUUUCAUGUUCCUACGAUGUUCUAAUCUUCCUAGUAUAUAUAUAUAUUUUUUUUAAGUUCAUAGGGACCUUGUGAAAGAACACAUUUGCUAUAGUGUGUGUGUUUGUCGGUGUCCUACCUCCAUCUUAACCCACGUGUUUGUUUCAGGAUGAAUGAGGAGCAGAUAGCCACAGUGUGUGUGUCGGUGUUGAGGGCUCUGUCCUACCUCCACACACAGGGAGUCAUCCACAGAGACAUCAAGAGUGAUUCUAUCCUCCUCACCAGCGAUGGACGGGUAAGACCACGUGGAUUCUGGACUCAUAAAGAAUGUACAGAAGUAACUUGUAACACUGUAGGACUCUAGAGUGUUUUCCAGAUGUUGGCUUGACUGGUGGGUUGUGGCCAGUACCUGUUGGGUCACAGCUAAAGCACGUACUGUGGUUAGAAACAUGGGUUUAUCCAUAGUAGAGUAACCCUGACCAGCAGCGGUGCAUGGGUAAAAUCACUGGGGCAGCCAAGCCAGAAGUAAAAGCCAUAUUACAACCUAUGUGUUGUGAUAAUUGUGUUGUUUGCUUUAUAACCUGUUAGUUCAUAUGCCUUGUGAUCGUGGAAUAUAGGCCUAAGGCCAAGACAGUAAGAAGACACAGUGACAGAAUACAUUCAUCCACACCUUUGUUUCCUCACAAAACCGGAGAGUAACCUCUGUCCGGUGAAGGCCACAAAGCAUAUUGCAUGUAACAAACGGUUACAUGACCUACAGUCGUGGUCAAAAGUUUUGAGAAUGACACAAGUAUUGGUCUUCACAAAGUUGGCUGCUUCAGUGUUGAGAUAUUUUUGUCAGAUGUUACUAUGGUAUUACUAUGGUAUACUGAAGUAUAAUUACAAGCAUUCCAUAAGUGUCAAAUGCAUUUAUUGAAAAUUACAUUAAGUUUAUGCAAAGAGUCAAUAUUUGCAGUGUUGACCCUUCUUUUUCAAGACCUCUGCAAUCUGCUCUGGCAUGCUGUCAAUUAACUUCUGGGCCACAUCCUGACUGAUGGCAGCCCAUUCUUGCAUAAUCAAUGCUUGGAGUUUGUCAGAAUUUGUGGGGUUUUGUUUUUCCACCCGCCUCUUGAGGAUCGACCACAAGUUCUCAAUGGGAUUAAGGUCUGGGGAGAUUCCUGGCCAUGGACCCAACAUUUCGAUGUUUUGUUCCCCGAGCCACUGAGUUAUCACUUUUGCCUUAUGGCAAGGUGCUCCAUCAUGCUGGAAAAGGCAUUGGUCAUCACCAGACUGUUCUUGGAUGGUUGGGAGAAGUUGCUCUCGGAGGAUGUGUUGGUACCAUUCUUUAUUCAUGGCUGUGUUCUUAGGCAAAAAUGUGAGUGAGCCCACUCCCUUGGCUGAGAAGCAACCCCACACAUGAAUGGUCUCAGGAUGCUUUACUGUUGGCAUGACACAGGACUGAUGGUAGCGCUCACCUUGUCUUCUCCGGACAACGUGUUUUCUGGAUGCCCCAAACAAUCAGAAAGGGGAUUCAUCAGAGAAAAUGACUUUACCCCAGUCCUCAGCAGUCCAAUCCCUGUACCUUUUGCAGAAUAUCAGUCUGUCCCUGAUGUUUUUCCUGGAGAGAAGUGGCUUCUUUGCUGCCCUUCUUGACACCAGGCCAUCCUCCAAAAGUAUUUGCCUCACUGUGCGUGCAGAUGUACUCACACCUGCCUGCUGCCAUUCCUGAGCAAGCUCUGCACUGGUGGUGCCCCGAUCCCGCAGCUGAAUCAACUUUAGGAGACGGUCCUGGUGCUUGCUGGACUUUCUUGGGCACACUGACGCCUUCUUCACAACAAUUGAACCUCUCUCCUUGAAGUUCUUGAUGAUCCGAUAAAUGGUUGAUUUAGGGGCAAUCUUACUAGCAGCAAUAUCCUUGCCUGUGAAGCCCUUUUUGUACAAAGCAAUGAUGACGGCAUGUGUUUCCUUGCAGGUAACCAUGGUUAACAGAGGAAGAACAAUGAUUUCAAGCACCACCCUCCUUUUAAAGCUUCCAGUCUGUUAUUCUAACUCAAUCAGCAUGACAGAGUCAUCUCCAGCCUUGUCCUCGUCAACACUCUCACCUGUGUUAACGAGAGAAUCACUGACAUGAUGGCAGCUGGUCCUUUUGUGGCAGGGCUGAAAUGCAGUGGAAAUGUUUUUGGGGGAUUAAGUUCAUUUUCAUGGCAAAGAGGGACUUUGCAAUUAAUUGCAAUUCAUCUGAUCACUCUUCAUGGCAAAUUGCCAUCAUCAAAACUGAGGCAGCAGACUUUGUGAAAAUUACUAUUUGUGUCAUUCUCAAAACUUUUGACCACGACUGUACAGCAUGGUCAAGCAAGUUAAUGUUUCCGACAUCAUCAAAUCACCUAUACUUACUAAAAACGAUUUAGUCCAAUCAUUGUAUGCUAAAUAUGAUGUGGCUGAUUUCUGUGUGUGUGUGCGUGUGCAUGUGCGUUCAUGCAAGUAGAAAAAGCAUGUUGACUCACCCUACUUGUAGAGAAACGCCAAUGCCAUCCUCCUCUUUCAUGUUGAAGAAACGGUCUAUCACUCUGUCAUACAGUACACGCUUUCAUUUUUUGUUGUUCUAGGCUACCUGGCUAAAAAACUUGCUCACUAGCCUAACUUCCUUAAUGUGCAACAUUAUCAAGUUAACAUUAGCCUUCUACAUCUAGCUACAUUUUGAACUUCCAUCCUCUCAGGCCAGGGGCACAAUGAAUUAAUUUAUGGUUGGAUCAGAAUUGCUGUUAUAAUCAUUGGCCAGUACGGAGAAUUAAGUGAAACCACAAGUCCAAAUCCCUAUCUCCAUCCAUGGAUAAUUUAGGAAAGGGCCAAUUUUAGGUAGUUAGCUAGCCACCGGAGGACAACAACACAACAAGAUGCACAACGAGUUUCUGUCAAUGACGUAUGCUCUCGAUGCGAUGUGAUUGGAGUGAAGCCAAAUCCAAACUGGCUUCCCUUUACACUUUUUUUGGGUGCGCCAGAACCAUUCACAGUUGAGCUCACUUAGUUUAGCUCAACACUGAUUGGCUAUUCUUUUAUUUCUUUUUUAUCAAGGGAGGCCAAAUGCUCACUGGCUUCCCUUGCAUUCAAUGCUACAGGCAGCAACAAUGUCAUACUCUUUUGGCCUACACAUACAGAGACAGAGGAGCGCUGUUUUGCUUGCUCGGAUGUCUUCUCUGGUGAGAUACAUUCCAGCCUCUUGCGAAUUGAAGGAAAAUUAUGAAACACAGAGAGACAAAAUAUAUAUAUAUAUUUUGUAAAAAAAACUAAUUUUAAAAAAAACUUUGGGGAAGCCUGGCUGUCUUUGGCAUCCAUGAAUACACACAACUGACCCUGACACCCAGUUUCUCACAUAAUGUCAAAUGAUACAAUGUUACUUGAAACUCUGCCCUACACACACAGUAACCUACCUCUGUGCUAGUGCCAGUGAUGCAGUACAAGAGGAGAGGAGAUCAUAAUCAAUUAGCACCCAGUCCUUAUUAAUUAAAGCUUGCCUAAUGCCUCUUAACGAGCUGCUGGAAUGUGAUGGAUGGCUAAUUAAGGGAUAAUAGAACCAGGAUUAGAGUGGCUUAUAUGAAAACCUCUUCAUCCCAAGAGGUCAAUGUUCCUUAUAAUGGUAAAACCAUUAUAGAGGGUUUUUGAUUGAAAAAAAGUUAAUAUUCAUACCUAAAUAUAUUUUCUGAAAAAGGCAGCACACUUCCAUAAUGUAUACUAGUAAAAUAAAUUAGGAAACAAAAUAACUCAAAUUUUAUAUGGGAUUUUUGUGUCCCCAUGUACGAAAGUGCUCAGAAAAUUCCUAUAGAUAACACAUUGAGAUUAUCAACCAAAUAUGUUUUGUUCCUACAGAUCAAGCUGUCAGACUUUGGCUUCUGCGCCCAAGUGUCCAAAGAGGUACCCAAGAGGAAGUCUCUGGUGGGCACACCCUACUGGAUGGCACCGGAGGUCAUCUCACGGUUACCCUACGGCACGGAGGUAAGAACACACGUUGCCAAAUAACACAUUCAAAUGUCUGAAUAAGUGUGUGUUUGGAAGAUAUGUUGGUAAGGGUGUUGUUAGGCCCAAGACUAAAAGUAUUCAGACCCCUUUACGUUUUCCACAUUUUACAGCCUUAUUCUAAAAUUGAUUAAAUUGGGGGGUAGAUCUACACGCAAUACCCCAUAAUGACAAAGCAAAAACCGUUUUUUUUUGGUGCAAAUGUAUAAAAGAUUGAUAAAAGUGAAAUACUACAUUUACAUAUAGUACCAGUCAAAAGUUUGGACACACCUACUCAUUCAAGGGUUUUUCUUUAUUUUUACUAUUUUCUACAUUGUAGAAUAAUAGUGAAGACAUCAAAACUAUGAAAUAACACAUAUGGAAUCAUGUAGUAGCCAAAAAAGUGUUAAACAAAUCAAAAUAUAUUUUAUAUUUGAGAUUCUUCAAAUAGCCACCCUUUGCCUUGAUGACAGCUUUGCACACUCUUGGCAUUCUCUCAACCAGCUUCACCUGGAAUGAUUUUCUAACAGUCUUGAAGGAGUUCCCACAUAUGCUGAGCACUUGUUGGCUGCUUUUCCUUCACUCUGCCGUCCGACUCAUCCCAAACCAUCUCAAUUGGGUUGAGGUCGGGGGAUUGUGGAGGCCAGGUCAUCUGAUGCAGCACUCCAUCACUCUCCUUCUUGGUAAAAUAGCUCUUACACAGCCUGGAGGUGUGUUGGGUCAUUGUCUUGUUGAAAAACAAAUGAUAGUCCCACUAAGCCCAAACCAUGCUGGUUAAGUGUACAUUGAAUUCUAAAUAAAUCACUGACAGUGUCACCAACAAAGCACCCCCACACCAUAACACCUCCUCCUCCAUGCUUUACGGUGGAACUACACAUGUGGUGAUCAUCCGUUCACCCACACCGUGUCUCACAAAGACACAGCGGUUUUAACCAAAAAUCUCAAAUUUGGACUCCAGACCAAAGAACACAUUUCCUCCGGUCUAAUGUUCAUUGCUCGUGUUUCUUGGCCCAAGCAGGUCUCUUCUUCUUAUUGGUGUCCUUUACAUUUACAUUUACGUCAUUUAGCAGACGCUCUUAUCCAGAGUGACUUACAAAUUGGUGCAUUCACCUUAUAGCCAGUGGGAUAACCACUUUACAAUAUGUUUUUAUUUUAUUUAUUAUUAUUAUUAUUUUUUUUAUUUUUUUUUUGGGGGGGGGGGUAAGGGGGGGUAGAAGGAUUACUUUAUCCUAUCCCAGGUAUUCCUUAAAGAGGUGGGGUUUCAAGUGUCUCCGGAAGGUGGUGCUGUGACUCCGCUGUCCUAGUGUCGUGAGGGAGCUUGUUCCACCAUUGGGGUGCCAGAGCAGCAAACAGUUUUGACUGGGCUGAGCGGGAACUGUGCUUCCGCAGAGGUAGGGGGGCCAGCAGGCCAGAUGUGGAUGAACGCAAUGCUCUCGUUUGGGUGUAGGAACUGAUCAGAGCCUGAAGGUACGGAGGUGCCGUUCCCCUCACAGCUCCGUAGGCAAGCACCAUGGUCUUGUAGCAGAUGCGAGGUUCAACUGGAAGCCAGUGGAGUGUGCGGAGGAGCAGGGGUGAUGUGAGAGAACUUGGGAAGGUUGAACACCAGACGGGCUGCGGCAUUCUGGAUGAGUUGUAGGGGUUUAAUGGCACAGGCAGGGAGCCCAGCCAACAGCGAGUUGCAGUAAUCCAGACGGGAGAUGACAAGUGCCUGGAUUAGGACCUGUGCCACUUCCUGUGUAAGGCAGGGUCGUACUCUCCGAAUGUUGUAGAGCAUGAACCUACAGGAUCGGGUCAGAACGACAGGGUGUUGUCCAGGGUCACGCCAAGGCUCUUCGCACUCUGGGAGGAGGACACAACAGAGUUGUCAACCAUGAUGGCGAGAUCAUGGAACGGGCAGUCCUUCCCCUGGAGGAAGAGCAGCUCCGUCUUGCCGAGGUUCAGCUUGAGGUGGUGAUCCGUCAUCCACACUGAUAUGUCUGCCAGACAUGCAGAGAUGCGAUUCGCCACCUGGUUAUCAGAAGGGGGAAAGGAGAAGAUUAGUUGUGUGUCGUCUGCGUAGCAAUGAUAGGAGAGGCCAUGUGAGGAUAUGACAGAGCCAAGUGACUUGGUGUAUAGCGAGAAUAGGAGAGGGCCUAGAACUGAGCCCUGAGGGACACCAGUGGUGAGAGCACGUGGUGCGGAGACAGAUUCUCGCCACGCCACUUGGUAGGAGCGACCGGUCAGGUAGGACGCAAUUCAAGAGUGAGCCGCGCCAGAGAUACCCAACUCGGAGAGGGUGGAGAGGAGGAUCUGAUGGUUCACAGUAUCAAAGGCAGCAGACAGGUCUAGAAGGACAAGAGCAGAGGAGAGAGAGUUAGCUUUAGCAGUGCGGAGAGCCUCCGUGACACAGAGAAGAGCAGUCUCAGUUGAAUGACCAGUCUUGAAACCUGACUGGUUUGGAUCAAGAAGGUAAUUCUGAGAGAGAUAGCAAGAGAGUUGGCUAGAGACGGCACGCUCAAGAGUUUUGGAGAGAAAAGAAAGAAGGGAUACUGGUCUGUAGUUGUUGACAUCAGAGGGAUCGAGUGUUGGUUUUUUGAGAAAGGGUGCAACUCUCGCUCUCUUGAAAUGUUGCAUAUUGACUGACGUUCAUGUCUUAAAGUAAUGAUGGACUGUUGUUUCUCUUUGCUUAUUUGAGCUGUUCUUGCCAUAAUAUGGACUUGGUCUUUUACCAAAUAGGUCUAUCUUCUGUAUACCCCCCUACCUUGUCUUAGCUCAACUGAUUGGCAUUAAGAAGGAAAUAAAUUCCACAAAUUAACUUUUAAGAAGGCACACCUUUUAAUGAAAAUGCAUUCCAGGUUACUACCUCAUGAAGCUGGUUGAGAGAAUGCCAAGAGUGUGCAAAGCUGUUAUCAAGGCAAAGGGUGGCUAUUUGAAGAAUCUCAAAUAUAAAAUUUGUUUAACACAUUUUUGGUUACUACAUGAUUCCAUAUGUGUUAUUUCAUAACUUUGAUGUCUUCACUAUUAUUCUACAAUGUAAAAAAUAGUAAAGAUAAAGAAAAACCCUUGAAUGAGUAGGUUUGUCAAAACUUUUGACUGGUAGUGUAAGUAUUCAGACCCUUUACUCAGUACUUUGUUGAAGCACCUUCACCAGCGAUUACAGCCUCGAGUCUUCUUGGGUAUGACACUACAAGCUUGGCACACCUGUAUUUGGGGAGUUUCUUCCAUUCUUCUCUGCAGAUCCUCUCAAGCUCAGGUCUCUCCAGAGAUGUUCGAUCAGGUUAAAGUCCGGGCUCUGGCUGGGCCACUCAAGGAUAUUCAUAGACUUGUCCUUAAGCCACUCCUGCGUUGUCUUGGAUGUGUGCUUAGGGUCAUUGUCCUGUUGGAACGUGAACAUUCGCACUAGUCUGAGGUCCUGAGCGCUCUGGAGCAGGUUUUCAUCAAGGAUCUCUCUGUACUUUGCUCCGUUCAUCUUUCCCUCGAUCCUGACUAGACUCCCAGUCCCUGCCGCUGAAAAACAUCCCCACAGUAUGAUGCUGCCUCCACCAUGCUUCACUGUAAGGAUGGUGGCAGGUUUCCUACAGACGUGACGCUUGGCAAUCAUGCCAAAGAGUUCGAUCAUGGUUUCAUUAGACCAGAGAAUCUUGUUUCUCAUGGUCUGAUAGUCCUUUAGGUGCCUUUUGGAAAACUUCAAGCGGGCUGUCAUGUGCCUUUUACUGAGGAGUGGCUUCCGUCUGGCCACUCUACUGUAAAGGCCUGAUUGGUGUAGUGCUGCAGAGAUGGUUGUCCUUCUGGAAUAUUCUCCCAUCUCCAUAGUAGAACUCUGGAGCACUGUCAGUGACCAUCAGGUUCUUGGUCACCUCCCUGACCAAGGCCCUUCUCCCCCGAUUGCUCAGUUUGGCCGGGCGGCCAGCUCUAGGAAGAGCCUUGGUGGAUCAAAACUUCUUCCAUUUAAGAAUGCUGGAGGCCACUGUGUUUUUGGGGACCUUCAAUGCUGCAGACAUUUUUUGGUAUCAUUCCCCAGAUCUGUGCCUCGACACAAUCCUGUCUCGGAGCUCUACAGACAAUUCCUUCGACCUCAUGGCUUGGUUUUCACUUUGACAUGCACUGUCAACUGUGUGACAUUAUAUAGACAGGUGUGUGCCUUUCCAAAUCAUGUCCAAUCAAUUGCAUUUACCACAGGUGGACUCCAAUCAAGUUGUAGAAACAUCUCAAGAAGAUCAAUGGAAACAGGAUGUACCUUGAGCUCAAUUUCGAGUCUCAUAGCAAAGUGAGACAUAUAUACAAAUUUAUAAAAAACAGUUUUCGCUUUGUUAUUAUGGGGUAUUGUGUGUAGAUUGAUGAGGAAAGAUUUGGAAUAAGGCUGUAAUGUAACAAAAUGUGGAAAAAGGGAAGGGGUCUGAAUACUUUCCGAAUGCACCGUAUCGUCCAAACACCUGCUUCGAGGGUAUUAUCACUUUUAUACAAUGGGUUACCAACAUAUUCAAUUAAUGGUUUACAUAUUUUCAUAAAAACGUUAUUUUAAUGAAUUUAUUCAUACUAUUUCAUCCUUCUGUAAGAUAUAGUCCCAACACAAAUCUAGGAGUUGCUACCCAAGCCUGCUGGUCAUUCGUUCUAUUGGUUUGGUUGCCAGAAGUGCGACCGUCGUUCCCUCUUUUUGUUCUGCACCUAGUAGUUUGUUCUAAAUGUUCCAUUGCCAUACUGGCUGGCAACGUUCUUAUCCCUUGCUUGCUAGAUAGCCAACUACGGCUAACUUACAGUCACAUCAAACGUCAAAAAGAAUAACAACAGUAGCAUUUGCAUUUGUUUAAACUGUUUUCUAGUGACAUUUAUUAGGAUACAUCCACAACAAUGAGCUAAUGAGGCGCAAUUACGCCUGGCAUAGAAAAUGUGCUCUCUCAUCAGGACACUGUUGUUUAGAGGGGCUAGCCAACAGCACAGCUAACACAAUCACUUCAAACUGAAGUUGUAAAGACUGUAAACUAGCUGCACUUCGUUUCGUUUUACCUUUUUUCAAUUGACAUUUCUUUGUAUAUAUCCAUAAAAAUGAUGCCAGUUGAUUCAUGAUUUCUGCCUGUCUGUCUCGUCCCGACUCCUACACGUUCAUAACUAUGGGACAGCUGGAGAUCAAAUGUUUAUAUUGAAACAAUGUUGCAAAUGUCGGAGAGACAGACAGCAAGGUUUAUACAAAUCUCUGUGAUUGAAAACUAAAUGUUAGUCUAAAAGAAAUGUGAGAUAAUGUCUGGAUGCUUUUAUAGUGGAGAUCAAGUUUAAAACUUGCCUGGCUUGGCUGAUGAGACAGUGGAUUGCUCAGUCAGAUGGAACAGAGUAAAUAGGAAUUUUUACGUCAUAGAUUUAGCCGGGGGUAACUUGUGGAAUAAACACCGGCUGGAAUGCGGUUUUAAUCAAUCACCAUUCAGGAUUAGACACACCCGUUGUAUAAUGUUGUAUAUAGUGAUCUGUGAAAAAAGACAAUAACACCAUUCACACUGCCUGCUAGGUGGAUAUCUGGUCGUUGGGCAUCAUGGUGAUAGAGAUGAUAGAUGGGGAACCCCCAUACUUUAACGAACCCCCUCUACAGGCCAUGAGGAGGAUACGAGACAACCUGCCCCCACGGCUAAAGGAGUCACACAAGGUCAGCAGGGUUCAUUUAUUUCAUUAUAAUCUAAAUUGGCACAUUUACAGAAAUGUUUAUUAAUGUCAGUUAUUCUCCUAAGUCAAAUAAAUAGUAAUAUGUUCCUUUUCUCUCCGUCAGGUAUCAUCGGUUCUGAGGGCCUUCCUGGACCUGAUGUUGGUUAGAGAGCCGUCUCAGCGAGCCACAGCCCAGGAGCUGCUCCAGCACUCCUUCCUCAAGCUCUCGGGCCCCCCCUCUUGCAUCGUCCCCCUAAUGAGGCACUACCGCCACCGCUGA